UUAAAAUUAAAUGGAAACCUUACCAAAUUGUUUUAAAGAUAGCUGUGAUCACGAAGCAGCUUAUUUUUCAGAAUCACAUGAUGUCUACUUGUGUAAAAAACAUCGUAAGAACAAAUAUGAAGAUGCAAUUCCUAUUAAGAAAGAAGAGACUGUAGAUAGGAACAUUGCAAUUCUCCAACAGGCCUCAGAUGUGCUAUCGAGCUUUAUCAAAUAAAGGAAGAAAUAAAGAUGUAAUCGAAGAAGCCAAACUUCUUAUUGAGCAGUUCACCAAAGAUACUGAUGAGAUUCAGGUCGAUUUCUGCAAGGCUAAGGAAUCAAAUCAGCUUUAUGAAAUUGGAAAAGUUCAGAAAAGAAUGGACGAAGUUAGGGAGUUGUUAGAUACCCAGUCUGUUUUUAUAAAACUCAUAAGCAGAUGGUUCUGGUACUCUAUGAAGAAGACAAUCAUAGCUAAAUUUCCUUCUAUGUCAACAGAGAAGUUCUCUGAGACUCAGAGCACAUGCAGUAAAUAAAUCCAAGAAACGUAGGAAGGAAUCAAACAGUUCUGCAAGAAGCACUGAAUCUAAAUCUAAAGGGAAGUCUCAGAAGAAGAAAGUUAAGAAGGAAUCUAAGUUUAAGCAGGAAAAGGAAGAUAUGACCCAACAUGCGAAUGAUAGGGUUAAGAGGAAGUGAGAGGAGCUUGGUGGGUAUGGAGAUAGGACAGGUAGUCAGACUAGUCAAGAUGGGGUUGAAGAGAGACCUCUUGUUACUCUUCAAUCUGGAGCGAAGUAUUUAGGGCAAUGGAAUAUUGAGAAGAAUACAAAGCAAGGUAAAGGGAUACAGGUCUGGCCAGAUGGCUCCAUGUACGAAGGUUACUGGGACUACAGUAAAGCAAAUGGACUUGGCAGACUCAUCCAUGCUGAUGGAGAAGUUUAUGAAGGAGAAUGGCUUGACGACAAAGCUCACGGCAGAGGAAUCUAUAUACACUUAGAUGGAUCCAGGUAUGAAGGAGAGUGGUAUAAAGAUACAAAACAUGGCCAUGGAAUUGAAACUCUUCCUGACGGAUCUAGGUACGAAGGUCAUUAUAAGAGAGGAAGCAAAACUGGACGUGGAACUUUCAAAUGGCCUGAUGGCCGUAGUUACACUGGUGAAUUCUUGGAUGAUAACAUUCAUGGAGAAGGGACUUAUGAGUGGCCUGACGGAAGAAGAUAUGAUGGUCAAUGGGAAAAUAAUAAAAUGCAUGGAAUUGGAAUAUUCACCUGGAAAGAUGGAAGAAAGUAUGAAGGUGAAUACAUCAAUGAUCAGAAAGAAGGAAAUGGCACUUUUACUUGGCCAGAUGGCAGAAAGUAUAUUGGAGACUGGCACUUUGGCAAGCAACAUGGAGUCGGAGCCUAUGUUACAUCAAAGAGGAAAGAGAGAAAAGGCGAAUGGGAUAGUGGUAAAAGAAUCAAGCCGAUCGAGAAAAUAGAAGAACAAUCCUAGUGAAGCUAUAAUAAUUUAAUUUAAUUGC